GAGUCUGCAAAACCCACAGAUAUGAGUAAUGUCAAUGAUAGUAUUACUGCGCAGCAACCUUCUCCAGCAGCGGAAAGUGCUGUACCCAGUGAUGGUAAUUCCGGUAACGAAGUCACUGCAGCUCCAGGUACUUCUCCCACAGCAGCUGCACAAGAGAAUGGCAAUGCUGAUUCAACGGCCACCAUCACCAACACUAACAGCGAAGCACCAACCACCACUCCAUCUCCUCUAACCGACCCACCGAUCAGCAAGAUCGCUCCCACUAUGCAGAUGAAGGGUAAUGUUGACAGCAGUGUCAGUCCUCUGUGGAUGCGCACUGCAGCACCGCUGCUGAUUGUUGUUGUGUUGUUCUCCGUUACCCUGUACUGA